UACCUGUAUAUUGCAGUAGUGUGCACGUUUCUAAAUUUAACCCUUGCCCUUUAAUUUUACGUCCUAUUACUUGAUACAUCGGCAAAGAUGUGCGAUAGCAAUCAUCGUAAUAAACGCUGUUCAAUCGAGAGUAGCCUCGAGUUACAAAUUCAUUCAUCAUUCGACUCGAUUCCUUGGAAGUAUAAAGCGUAUGCAGCACUUUUUACGAGCUGGAGUAAAUAGAUAGUAAUAUAAAUGGAUUUUGAGAACUUCCGAAUCUUACGAAGCGAAACCACGUCACUGGGAUUGUGGUAAUAACUGUGAUAAUCAUUAAUGUUUGUGUGUGUCAGUUUAUUCCGGAAAUAUGGAUUUAAGUAAAUCUAAUUCUAAUUCAGAAAACAUAGGUAUAGUAAUAAUUGGUGCAGGUAUCGCUGGCUUGGCAGCUGCUGUGACUCUUGAAAAGUCAAACUAUAGAGAUUAUAAAUUAAUUGAAGCACAAGAUCAUGUGGGAGGACGAAUAUGUUCAAUCCCUCACAAUAAUGGAUGGUUGGAAAAAGGAGCCCAAUUUUUGCAUGGCAAUGAAAGUACAUUAGGUCAAUUAGCUCAAGAACUAGGUCUUAUUUCUGAUGAACAUGUCGGAGAAGGAGAGGGCCUUUAUUUACAAGAAAAUGGUGCUGAAAUGAAUAAAGAUUUAAUACUAGAAGUUGAUGAUAUUGUUAAAAAUAUUCUAGAAGACUGUGAAAAGUUUGCCAAUAAUAUCGACAUUGAAUGUAAUGAUGUUGAAGACAAUAUUGGAAACGUUUUGGAAUCAAGGUUUUAUAAAUAUUUAAAAAUGAAAAAUGAUCCAAUUUUUGUAAGAAAUGCCAAAGAAGAAAUUUAUGACUGGAAUAUAAGAUUUCUCAUUAUUGAUAAUGCUUGCAAUUCUUUGGAAAAUCUUUCUGUAAAAAGUUGGGGAAAAUUCAAGGCUGUGAAUGGCCCAGAACACAAUAUAUUUGAAUCCCAUUAUAGUUCAAUUGUAGACUAUCUGGUUGGAGAACUCAAUCUAGACAAUCUAAUUUUAAAUACCCCAGUAACAAAAGUAGAAUGGGAUGAUAGUAUUGAAUUAUCAAAUAACAAACCAGUAACUAUAACAUUACAAAACAAAAGGAUUAUAUCUGCAGAUUGUGUAAUUAUUACAUGCUCUCUAGGUUUUCUCAAAGAAUCUCAACUAACAUUUUUCAGUCCUCUUUUACCAAAACCACACAGGACAGCUAUUGAAAACUUAGGUUUUGGUUUAAUAAAUAAAAUUUAUCUUGAUUUUGAUGAACCUUGGUGGGAACCUCACAUUAAAGGUUUUCAGUUUUUGUGGAAACUUUCCAAAAAUGAAGAAAAUAACCCACUGAGAAAAAAACUUGCUCCUUGGGUUUAUGAUUUAACAGGAUUUGAUGUUGUACAAAACCAUAAGGCUGUGUUAUUAGGAUGGAUUGGAGGAAAAGGAGCACAAAUUAUUGAAACACUAAGUGAAUCACAAGUGAUUCAAGACUGUAAGACUUUAUUCAGAUAUUUCCUGAAAAAUGAUUCAUUACCAGAAGCAAAUAAAUGUGUAAAAAGUUGUUGGGGUUCCAAUAGAUAUUUCAAAGGUAGUUAUAGUCAUAUAACAAAAAAGUGUGAUAUUACAGGAGUUUCCCCAGCUACUUUAGCUGAACCAAUCUGGGGAAAAAGAAUAAAAAAUAAUCUUCACGAGAAUCUUCCUAUUCUAAUGUUUGCUGGAGAAGCUACUCAUGAAAACUAUUACUCUACCACUCAUGGAGCGUACGAUACUGGAGUAAAGCAAGCUAAUAUUUUUCUAAAACAUUUUGUUACCAAAUAAUGGAAAUGAGCACAAUGAUGAAAUUACGUAUUGAAGGAGGAUGCAAAUAAAAAUAAUAGUGUAUUGAAAUUUCUACAAUUUUUUUUAUAAAUAGUC